AGAAAUGAAGGCACCAUGGCUCGUUUUGAUACUGAUGGAGUUACCGGACGUUGUCCUUGGGGUAUCUCUGUGUCACCGUAAUGACAGUGACUUUGGUGUCAGAGGUCAAAGUUCAGGAGAGAUCUUUGUUAGAAGAAGACGAUCCCUUGUCUUUCCAAAGGGUAGCGCUAUAGUGACGACCUUGGCCAUAUUGAAAGCUAUUAUGGUUAAAGAACCACCAAAUUGGAACAUGAUAUAUGAAUUCGAUGUAAUAUGGCCAAUACCGAGUCAGGAAAAUUUUCGAAAGAAUUUAUACAGAAAGCCAUGGAUUAUAAAGCGACGUCACAGACGAGAGAUUUACAGUAAUUUCGAAAUGGCAUUAAACAGCCAAAAUCUCCCUGGCCGUCAAUGCGUUCUUAGAGCUAUUUGCGAGGCUGCCUCGAUUCUGAAUCAACCGGGCUUGUCGUUGGUGGAAAAAGCGUUGAAAAUAAUCCUUAGCAAUUCCGAGGACGUAAAAGAAACUGAUUGUUACGAUAUGGCUUAUCGAAAAGAUACGAAUUGUCACAUCGAGUAUCCUUGCCCACUUUCUUUUAUAGAAUUACUCUUAUACAGCUUGUACUCUUGA